GCAAACUAACAGUUGUUUACCAUCCAGCCAGCUUGCAAAACUGUUUACUUUUAUGUUCGUUAUUCCAUCUUCGCCGUUGUUUUCGGUUAAUUUCAUUUCGUGACACUUCCAACACACUCGUAACAUCGAAAAGUGUGAUGGCUCCUGAACGGCCCGGAGGGGAGGACCAGCCUGUACCUGUGGCAUUGAGUGCCACUAACUCCAUCACUAUACCUAUCACUCUGCUCUCCAUACCCAAGGACCUGCUUCACAUCAAGGAAGGUGAUGGAGCAUCUGAAAUACGCUCAGAGAAAAACGGCGAAGAUGACGAUCUUACUUCUCUAACGUGGCUUCAAGACAAAAAUCUGCUCAAAGGUAUAAACCUGCGCACAGCUGGUACUGGGGUUCAGGAGUCCCCGACGAGUGACUAUGUGGACGAUAGCACGAGCGAACGAGACUCAUCUUGUUCUAGCGUCAACAGCGGCAGUCCUACGCCUCCCCCCUCCACUACUGCACCUCCUGUCAAGAACAAGCAUCCGCACCACAUACCUUAUGAUCCACAGAUACACACAACAUCCAAACCCCCAUACUCGUUUUCUUGCCUGAUCUUCAUGGCUAUAGAAGAAUCGCCAGGCAAGGCUUUGCCAGUGAAGGAGAUCUACAACUGGAUUCUAGACCAUUUCCCUUUCUACAAAAACGCCCCGACUGGUUGGAAGAAUAGCGUUAGACAUAACCUCUCGCUCAACAAGUGUUUCCGUAAAGUGGACAAAGCCCCAAAUCUAGGCAAGGGCUCGCUGUGGAUGGUGGACCCCCUUUACCGCUCCAAUCUGUUGACAGCUCUACAGAAAGCCCCGUACCAUCCCUGUGCCUCACUUGACACUAACUCUCCUCCCAGCACUACCACUAGCCCUAAGAGUCCGUCAGGCAAGUCAUACAGUGGUGGGAGGCUGCCUGAUCCGUCUUUGUUCCCGUAUCUGGCUCGAAGGUUGGCAGCUGUGGAAGGCUCAGGUCCUCUGGACGAUGUUGAUGCUGCAGCAGCCAUGUUAGAACUCAAACAUGGACCUUUGCGACGAGAUGAAUAUCAUCGAAGAUUAGGUGCACAGAUGGUUCAAAAUGCUCGAGGGGCCAAGAGAAAAAGCAAAAAUGAGAUAAAAACUGAGAUGCUGAUCACCUCGUCACCCAGUGAGGACCACACCUACAGUAGUGCUGAGCCCUCGGCUACCAACCCCUCCACCAUGGUCAAGAGUGAACCUACCUCUCCUGACGAGGCCUUCCAGGAGGGCUCCGACUCUGACUCUAGUUGGAACACAGUCCCAGUGAAAGCCGAAGAGGACAUGGAGGAACAGAGGAAGAUCGCAGAAGGCGCAGAUGCUCUGUUGAACCUGGCCGGCAUCAAUACACAAGGUUGUGGAGCAACACCACUCAAGCGUCAACUGCCUCGGCUGCUGCGCAAACCUUCUCCUCGCUGGAAGACGGAGAACAAUAAUGUUAUAAAUGCGGAACAGUACCGACCACCCGCCAAGAUGAGGAGAAAAUCACUCUCGGCUUCCGCUAAACAAAAAUUGAAGAGGUAGAAUUACCAGUCAUUCCAGUCGGGUAGUCUCCCUAGUAUAGAGUUAAUUUUAGGAAGAGACUCAAACAGUUUUAUAGACCAAUUAGAGAGUGAUAUAUCGAGUUAACACGGUUUGUUCGGAAUGUUCUACUCUGAUGACCGUAGUACAAAGGUAGCUGAUAGCGUAGGUAUCGGGUCUCAUUGUGACCAAUAGAAUGAGCUUCCGCCUGACUUAUUUACUGCGCUUCUCCAAUAGGAUCUAAUUAUAUGCAGCCUGUAUUUAUUUGUGGACUUACUUUUACCUAUGUUUAGGAAGUCAUUGAUCUGUUGUUGUAUCGAGUGGUAAAUGCUUUUCAUGGACAAUAUCACAAUAAGAAUCAAAUAGAAUAAACAGUAUGUUUUAGCUUUAGAUAUAUUUUUAACACUACACUCUGCUGGCUUUAAAAUGUACGCAAUAUGUACAUUUCUCUUAAAAUAUUUCACUAUGCAAACUUAAUGAUUAGCUAAGAUUUCUCUUACCAAUUGCAUCAACUCUUGAUAGCAUUUAUCACUCGAGAUAAUGACAUUUUGGAGGUAAAAGAAAUGAUCAGCAAUCUUCGUGUCUUACUAUGCAGUGUGAAAUUACACAUCAAGUGCUGUGUAUUUUUAUACCAAAAGCCUAUAGCAAUAAUGAUUUGUGUUUAUAUGGAGUCAUUGGUUUUUAUGUCGCUUUGGUUUUGGGUUGGAUUGGCAUUCCAAGAAAAUAUUUCUAUGAUUGAUUUCUUAAUCGGGAAUCACAUAUUUUUAUGUGAAAUUCUGUUUAAACUUUAGAAAUUUCUGAUAGAUAAAUAUAUGAUACUGGUAAGCAAAAUUUGGGAUAUACCUGUGCUGAAGAAGGUUCUUUUAGUGCUAAAAAUCUUAAAGUCUUAAUUUAAAAUUUUAGCAUAGUCGAGUGUUUGGUUUGGAACUGUUCUUCAUUUUUAUUUUAACUAACAGAGUUUUAGGUGUGUAGCCACAAUUGUAUUAAUAGACAUUCUAUUAACAUUUCAAUCUAUGUUCAAAAUAUACAUAUUUUUGUAAUUAGUAAAUAUCACAUAUUUUGGUAGUCUUAUUGCCAGAUAUUCUACUACUUAUGUAGAAAAUAAUCUGUGGGGUGGAAUAUGUUGUCACUGAAUUCAACUUGUAUUUCAAAAAUAUGACACACAAUUUAUGUGUUGAUUGAACAGAUGAAAAAUGUUGUAUUAGCUGGGAAUGGGAAAAGUCAAAAGAGACCUAAAGCAAGAUUUACUCUUUUAGUACUUUAGUAUUGUAAAACAAAAUAUUAAUGUAAUAAGAUCAUCGAGCAGGUGUUUUAGUAUACCCAACAUAAUAUUGCUUCCUUCAUAGUUAAUUAGAUAUCAAAACUUCUGCUUCAGAGUUUAGCUCAAACACUGAUUGCCCAUUUAAAGUAUCUAAUUAAUUUCUUCCUAUAUUGCAAUUGAAAGUUGCAAACCUUGUGCCAAAUUGUUGAAAUAAAUGUUAGUUUUAUCAUUCGUUUGCCUGCACCAAUCAUUAUUUACAAAGCGUUGUUGUACAUUAAAAGUUUUAUUGAAUGUAUGUUGUUAUUGUUAACACCUUGUGACUGUUUUGAGUUCAUAAUUUUAUUGGACCAAAGUAUAUUUAUCCAAUUAUUCGUAAUAGAACUGAUAGAGGAGAGGAUUGUAUUCAUGGUAUAUUAGCUAAGGAAGAGAAAAGUUAAUUAAGUAUUUUUUUAUUUGGUUUUAUCAGAGACAGUUUAAUUUUAGAGAUUAACUAAUUGAUUUUAAUAUUUUUUUGAACUUGUCUUAAAGUAAUUAGUUAUAAGACUGUGAAAUAUAUUUUAAUUCUCACUUGACAACCAACACCACAAUAAACAUUGAAGGUAAAUGUUAAAAAGCAGUGUUGACUUUGUUGAGGAUUUCUUUUCACUGUCAUGUUUAGGUAAUAACUCUCUUGUUACUACCAAAUAUAAAUGGUCAUGUGAAGUUAUCUGAAUUACAGGAUUAGUACGGUUGAUAUUCAUAGUUUCAAACCUGUUCUUUCAACAUUUUUGGUAUUCUACCUCUGUGUUCAAUAACUUAUUUGACAAUACUAUAUGAGAUUAUACAAGUUAAAAUGCUUAUCUUUCUUAACUCUUGAUUUAUUCAUAAACAGUAAAAGUAAAGCCAAGAAAUUUCACCUGAAGUCAAUCUAGUCAUAGAUUUGGUAGUAGAAUUGGCCAACGUAACUUUUUUAAAUCCUCAAUUGUUUGAAAAUGAAUAGCUCUAAAUUAAACAACAUUGAUACAGAUUUGAAAUUGUGAGUGUCAACUGUUUUUACUAUAAGCCAAAUACGGUUAUCUUUUAUUUCGGUUAACUCGAGCAAUAAAAACAUACAAAGAAACACCUAAACUAAUUUAGUAUCUAUUGUAAUUAGGGUUUAUCACUGUAGAUAACGAUACUCGUAGUGACAUACCCUGUAUAACAUCGUAAUCGGAAUAGCCUUAAUUAGCUGAACCUAGCCUGUUAUGAAUCGAUAAAGUAGAAGUAGUGCCGUUCUUUUGACAAAUAUGUGUAAUGAAAUAUGUGUUUUUGUAUGUAGCGAGAAUCUAGAUAAUCUUGACAAUCUUUUCUUAGCGAGUUUGAUAUCAAACGUAUACAUAAUCCUCGUCUCCUCCCAUUCUCUGUCCAGUCUUCCUGCCCAGAUGCCAAACUCAAACACCCUUGGAACUGUAAAAAUGUAUAGAACCGUGUAUAUAUUGUUGAAACUUUAAUUUGUACAACGUUCACGUCUUGAAAAGACUAUAACUUACGAACUUAGCGGUAAAGUACGCUUUGCGGUUACAACGCUGUAGCGUUUUUGUUUUUUGUCGUUGUUAGGUUUUAUUUUGUAUGUAGGUUUUUGGUUUGGUUGUGAAAUAAUCACAUUACUCAUGGGUUUCUUUUCAUAAAAGGUUUAUUAUCUGAAAAAUUGUUUCCAGGUUUUAUCAUGUAAUUUCUACUGUUUUUGAUUCAGGUAUUUUGUUUUCUCUGUGUUUCUUAACUAAAAACUAAGAGUUUUAAUGGGUUAACUUCAAUCAAAAUAUUUUGUACAAAUGCUUUACUUUGUCUGUUACUGUAGAUAGUUGUUAUUCUGGUUAAGUACUUAGAGUUACUAGUUACCAGACAUCGAUUGAGUUAGUUCCGUUCUUUUACAGAAACCUGUGAACUAGUGCUAAGAUUGAAAUCUGCUAACAUUUUUAUGGGUGUUUAUUUUUAAGCUUUUUUUUCAGGUUUAGGCCUAAUUAACACUUGCUUGAUCAUGAAAAGUUAUGUUUUGCUUUCAAAAAAGUGUUGUUAUUUAUUUUCUACUUUCGUUAGGAUUAUUUCGUAUGAUUUACGAAUCAUCGCAAUCACUUUAGUUGAAUCCUUAGGUAUAAGGUGUUAAUUGUAAGAAAAUGUUAUUUUUGUAAAUUAUAUACACUACUGCUGAAGCACUUUAUUUUAAUUGUAUCUACGGUUUAUUUACUGGUUGUUGAAUGCUCAUUUUCUAGCUGACUGUUAUCUUAAUUUGAACCUCUUCUGGUUGUAUUAUAAUUUUAUUUAUUUAUUUAUUUUACUACAAACUUGUUCUAUAUUAUCCUCAAAGUGUGGUAAUUGCAUGCCUGGUAAUGUUUAGGUUUACUUGUUGCUUUACAAUACCUUAACUAAUUCUGUAUUUAAUAAGUUCUUUAGCUUUUAUAAGCUGUCACAGUUUUGUCACUUGUGCACUAAAUUGUUUUUUCAAGUAUUGGAAGUUCUAAAUUCUCCUAUUGUCAAUUGCCGAUACAAGUAUUGUAUCCUUUUAUGUAAUAAACAAAGUACGCUAUUCUUCUAUAAAGCUAAGUCUUCCAAAAAUUAAGUGUGGGUUGUCCCAAAAAGUUGAUUUUUUUAGCCUCUGACGCCCAAUAGAAGGUAGUUUUAGAAUUGUUUUAACUUGUAAAAUGCCAUGCUUGGCGUUAGUAUUCUAAAUAUGUGUUCAACUGGUGUAAAUAAUUCUAAAUUAAUUUUGACAGCUUCUACGAGCAUAGUAACCCCGUUGUCGACAGAAUUAGUGAUGAAAUUAUAAAGAAAAGCAAUAAUUAUUAUGUAACUAUCAUAAAUAAGACUUGUUUGUUUCUCUUAGUAUAUAUAUUAUAAUAAAUAUAAAUAUUACAUUUGA